AUGCAUAACAGCUCGCCCAUCGCUACCGACCUCGAGACCUCCCCCAUCGACUCGGACCCGCCAUCGGCCGAGCACACACCCACCACCUACGGCUACCGCGCAAGUGCUGACAGGCUACCCGAGACCAUCAUAUCCGAAUGGACCGCCGACGAGUGCGCCGACUUCAUCGCCAGCAUAGGCCUGCAGCAAUACGCAGACAUUUUCCUUGAAAAUGAGAUAGUCGGCGAGGCCCUCGUCGCCUUGCAACAUGAAGACCUCAAGGCGAUGGGGCUCAACAGUGUUGGCCACAGGCUAACCAUUCUCAAAUCGGUGUUCGAUGUGAAGAAGGCCCAAGAUGUUCCCAUCGAGUCCGAUCACUAUAUGCCGCUAACUGCCGAGACACAAGCUCAGUCGUCGAGAUUGCGGGAAGAUGUACUCCCGGCAGUGCGGAUGGUCAAAGAUGCCCAGCAGCCUCUGCCCAACCUGAGUAACGGCCCGGCUUACGAGAGCACCUUAUCGCCCCCCGCGCCGACACCAUCGACCGCCCAGUCUGCCGUGGGACUGAAGCGGCAAUACUCGACCAAGGAAAUCAUGCUUGGGACAACUGCCAAAGCCACAUCCCCGACGCACCUACAAACAAACCACGAUCGGUCGAUAGUAGAACAGACCCUCGACCCGUCCAGCGCCGCCGAAAGAGCCGUCCUCUCGUCGUCACAUUUGGCUGCCAUGAACGGGUCCGGCGGAAGCGCAUCGUCACCAUCCUACCCUUCUCCCAACAUGCCCUCCCCGACCUCGCCACCCACCGGCAUGCUCUCCGGUACCACCCUGGGUGCACGCUCCUACCGUGCUGGCGGCGAACCGACCCCUUCAUCCCGCUCCACCUUCGCGCCCGACGACUCCUACAAUCAAGCAAAGAACACGGCCCCGCGGAGGAUGCAAACGCCCGCCCCGGAAACGCCCGGCGCCGCAAGCAACGCCUCAGUCGAAAUCUUCAAGUCCUUCCGCGUCAGCAUGGACGACCCCUGCUACAAGGUCCUACCCGCCGCACUCAAAAAAUACCAGAUCAACGCCCCCUGGGACCAGUACGCCCUGUACAUCGUCUACGGCGACCAAGAGCGCUGCCUGGCCCUCGACGAGAAACCCCUCAUCCUCUUCAAGCAGCUGGACAAGGAGGGCAAAAAGCCCAUGUUUAUGCUCCGCAAGACCAACAACGCCUCCGCCGACGGCGCCGCCGCCCCCGACGGGACCCCAGGCAGCGCGGGGCUUGUGGGACCCGGAAGUAGCACGGCCGCUGCCGCUGCUGCCGCCGCAAGGGGCGUCGGUGGUGCCGGUGUCGGCUAUGACCCGCCGGGAGGUAUCAUUUAG